AUGACAAAUUUGAAAAAUUUUUUUCUAUAUUCAUUAAUUUACAUAUUAUGUGUAUCUCCUUAUAUAAUCUGUUCAACUAACUUUACUUCUAAUGAAAAGAUUAUAGAAAAAAGAAAUGCAAAAAGAUCAAUAGAAGAUAUAAAUGAUUUUAAAUAUGAUAAUGAAAUAAUGGAUAAUUUAUUUUCACAUGACAGACAAAAAAGAAAUAUAAAAAUAAAACCAAGAAAAUUUAAAUGGACUUUACCAAUAUACUUUACUGUCGCUAUUCCAUUAGAUCGUUGGAUAAUAAAAAGUAAACUAAAAACUAUUGAAAUAUCAACAUGUAUAAGAUUCCGUUAUGUUCAUUAUUCACGUUCUUCCACAUAUGGUAUUCAGUUUAUUUCUUCUAAUGAUUGUUAUAGUCCAUUAGGAAGAAUAUUUGAAAUAGGUUGGCAAAAUAUAGGUAUUGGAAAAAAAUGUAAUCCUACUACAGGAAUGUUACGUUUAGUAUUACGUACAUUAGGAGUAAUUUAUGAACAUAAUCGAAUUGAUCGAGAUUUUUAUGUAAGAAUAAAUCAAAAAAAUAUGAAAGUAACUGAUGAAGCAUAUUUUAAAAUAUCAAAAGAUACUGCAAUUAACAAUUUUUAUUUACCUUAUGAAUAUGGAUCUUUAAUGCAUUUUGGAAUGUUUGAUUAUAGUAAAAAUGGAAAUAAAACAAUAUCUCUAAAAGAUCAUCUUUAUGAAAAUACCGUUGGGCAAGAAGAAGAACUUACUUUCAAUGAUAUCAAAACAUUAAAUAUGUAUUAUUGUUCCAAUAUAUGUAACUUUAAAAUAAUAUGUAAAAAUCAUGGAUAUCAAGAUCCUAAUAAUUGUUAUCAAUGUAUAUGUAUUGAUGGGUUUAUAGGUACUAGAUGUCAACAUUACCAACCAAUUCGUGGAUGUGGUACAAGUUUAUGGCAUGUUCGUAAACAACCUACAUUUUUAAAGUUUGAGGGAAAAAAAAAUUGUAUUUACCAUUUGAAAGCAAGAAGAUUUAAAAAAAUUAAAAUCACUAUUUUAAAAAUUAAAAUGAAACCUUCAUAUUCUUUAACAUGUUCAAGAUAUAAUUCACUUGAAGUAAAAUAUUGGAAAGACAAAAGUGUAAUGGGUGCAAGAUUUUGUCAUCAAAGAUUUUCUAAAAUUAUAAAAUCACAUGAUAAUUAUGCUAUUAUACAUUAUAAUAGUUUUUGUGAUUAUAGCUAUGUUCAAAUGUAUUUUAAAGAGACUUUCUAA